GCACAGGUACACUGGAGCGAGCGGCGUGAUGACGUCAUGUGAAGCACCUGUGUGGGGGAGGAGUCAGAACACCGCGGAAGCUGAGGAGGAACGAGGCCCAGCAGCAGCAUCAGCCGGGCUCAAGCAGGAACGUUUUAGUUACGACCUAUGGUUUUCCCAGGAAAAACCUCUGUUUAACUUUUUUUUCUUGGUUCUUUUCACUUUGUACGUGAACUUAAGGCCACAUUUGUGCUCAGGGUUGUUUUAAUUAAGCGCGUCUCGUCUGGUGAAGUGGAGCACAAUGAAGAGACUUAUAGUGGCGCCGCUGCUUCUCAGUUUUCUGCUCUCAGAAGUAUUUUCGGUUCAGGUGACGGUGCCUAAGACGGAAUACGGUACAGGUCUCUUUGUCCCGAUCACGCUGCGCUGUGACUAUUCCACUUCAGCUAACCUUCAGAGCGUGCUGGUCACCUGGCUCUACAAGUCUUUCUGCAAAGACCCUGUGCUGGACUACUACUCCACAGCCUACCAGGCUGCUCUGCAGAUGGGUCAGGACCCGUCCAAUGACUGCCCAGAUAGCCAGCGCACCAUCCGGACUGUGGCUCAGAAAUACGGCACCAACGAGGCCACACUGGGUCCAGAAUACAGCGGGCGCAGAAUCACCAUCCAGAACAAGGCAGACCUGGUGAUCACAGAGGUGAUGUGGUGGGACAAUGGUGUCUAUGUGUGCUCUGUUGAUGCUCCUGGAGACACAAGUGGAUAUCCAAACCAAUAUAUCAAGCUUGUUGUUUACGGUUGGCUGACAGUACUCUUCUUAAUCAUCGGGGCCCUCCUCCUCAUCAUCCUCUUUUGUAUUUGCUGCUGCCAGUGUUGCCCUCAGAAAUGCUGCUGUUAUGUCCGUUGCCCAUGCUGCCCACAAACCUGCUGUUGCCCUGAGAAAAUGGUGAUGCAGCACAGGAUGAUGAAGGAGGCCGAGAAGGCCAUGAGCUCCUGGGGUCAUGGACAGCCGGUCUACGCACCCCUGAGCACUCAUAGCUCUGCAUACCAAAUGAAUCCCAUAAUGUAUGCAGGUUCAGCAUCAGGAAAGAUCCCCAUGUCCCCCAUUCCUCCCAUGCCCCUCCCACCUCCUGCCCAUCCCGUCCACAUGCCCGUCCACAUGCCCGGCCCCAUGCCCAGCCACAUGCCCGGCCCCAUGCCCGGCCCCAUGCCUGUUGCUAUGUCCGGCCCCAUGCCUGGAUCUAUACCACCACCCAGCAUGCACGGCAGGGACAGUGCCAACAAAGUGCUGGAUUACCUGGAGAACCAGGUGAGGGACAUGGAUGUCACCAACCCCAUGAUCCCACCUCCGCCCGUGCACAUGGCCCACAAUGUGCCGUUCUCUGCUGGCCCACCCAGCAUGCUUUCUGGGCUGGAUGAUGGUCCUGCCUCCCGCCGGCAUCGCCCGGCAUACUCCAGUGGCUCAUCCAGCUACAAUCGCCACCGCCAGCCUCCUCCAUCUAGACGCGGCAUGCCACGCAGUCACAGUCAGGAAGACGUGCUGGAUACCCGGAGCCAAGCAUCUUAUCGGCCUCGUUCACGAUCCAGAGAAGACCUGCUGGAGAACAGUAGAGGAUACUGGGACUCUGCCAGUGAUGACAAUGGCAGAAGAGCAGCUGGAUCUAGAGGUGGAGCCCGGGGUGGAGCCAGAGGCGGAGCCUGGUCUGACUACCCACCCAGCUACAGCGAGUAUGAGCCAGGCCAGAAGCCGACAAGGCAACCCGAACGCUUCUCUGCAAAGAGCUCAGUGAGUGGUGCGAGUGUAGUAAUCUGAAGCUUGUCUGCCUUCCACCAUUAUGGAGACUAUCCCGAAAGCAAGUGCCAAGGACAGCACUGCAUAGUGAAUAGUAUUUGAAGGAGAUAUAUAUAUAUAUAUAUAUAUAUAUAUAUAUAUAUAUAUAUAUAUAUAUAUAUAUAUAUAUAUAUAUAUACAUAUAUAUAAAAUGUGUGUGUGUGUGUGUGUGUGUGUGUAUAUACACACACAUAUAGCUCUAAAACUUCUAAAGAAUUUGAGCAUAUUAAAGAUGUUAAAGAGGGUUUUUGUUUUGUUUCCCCUUAAGUGAGUCAAUCUGUAUAUACAUAAAAGCAUUUGAGCCCUUUUGCCAAUUUUGGGCCCUGCUGAAUUUCAAGGCAACAAAAAAUUCAGUGGCCUGAAGCCUGAGUGUAGAGAUUUUAUGAACACGGUUUUUAACAUAAAACAGUUGCUCAUUUUCUAGUCCAUGAUGUAAUGCUUCUUUACCAGUUGUAUAUAAUGGAAGCUUUUUUUUAUAUUUAAAGGGCACAUCAUGAUUUUUAAAGCUGUUUUGUUUACAUCAAUAUAUGAAACUUGUGUAUAUAUAUUUUAAAUGUAUUUAUUCUUGAAAGCAGUUUCUUUUAAAAUGCCUCAAAAGCACACUGUAAGUGAAUAAAGGACAUUUUUUUUAUUCAGUUAGCUUCAGCAAACAGUUAGAUUACAGAAAUGUUUUUCUUUAGUUAAUUGAAGUGAAGUCAACCUAAAUGGUAAAUCCUUGGGUAUCUGUUCUUUACCUGUGUAUUUUUUUUUUUUUUUUUUUUUUUUUUUUUCUUAGCUUUAUUUGUUCUUUACUUGUGUGUGAAUGAUCUUUUGUAGCUUAAUUUUUAAUGAAGACAUACUAUAUUUGCAUAUAAUAUUGGUGAGUUGUCUGACAUAAGCUGAACAAAAAUGUUAAAAAUAAAGAAGGAAAAAAAGUUUGAAUUUAAAAUUCUCAGCAGAGGAAUGGCUGUAAUCUAGCAUGUAUUUGGGGAAGGAUGCAUUUGUGAUUUACUUUGUCAUAUAAACGUUUUCAGGUAUGUCUUUAAUAAAGUUGUGAUUGAA